GUAAUUCUUACUCUCUUUUCUUCUCAUCUUCUUUAGUGCUCUGGUUUUGGUUUUGGUGAUUGAUCAGGAAUAAAGAAAGAUUCGACCUUUAUUCGAUAUUACCGACUCUGGAUUUUUGGGUGUUUUGGAGUUGGAUCCCAUGGGUUCUUAUCCUGAUGGAUCCAUGGACGAGUUCGAUUUCAAUAAGGACUUUGAUUUGCCUCCCUCAAACCAAACCUUAGGUUUAGCUAAUGGAUUCUAUUUAGAUGACUUAGAUUUCUCAUCCUUGGAUCCUCCUCCAGAGGCAUAUCCCUCCCAGAACUACAACAACAACGAAGCUGCAUCAGGAGAUCUGUUAUCAUCUCCAUCUGAUGACGCUGAUUUCUCUGAUUCUGUUUUGAAGUAUAUAAGCCAAGUUCUUAUGGAAGAGGACAUGGAAGAGAAGCCUUGUAUGUUUCAUGACGCCUUGGCUCUUCAAGCUGCUGAGAAAUCUCUCUAUGAGGCUCUCGGUGAGAAAUACCCUUCUUCUUCUUCUGGUUCUGUGGACCAUCCUGAGAGAUUGGCUACUGAUAGCCCUGACGGUUCUUGUUCAGGUGGUGCUUUUAGUGAUUACGCUAGCACCACUACCACUACUUCCUCUGAUUCACACUAUAGUGUUGAUGGUUUGGAGAAUAGACCACCUUGGUUACAUACACCUAUGCCGAGUAAUUUUGUUUUCCAGUCCACUUCUAGGUCCAACAGUGUCACAGGUGGUGGUGGUAAUAGUGCGGUUUACGGGUCUGGUUUUGGCGAUGAUUUGGUUUCGAAUAUGUUUCAAGAUAGUGAAUUGGCUCUGCAGUUCAAGAGAGGGGUAGAGGAAGCUAGUAAGUUCCUUCCUAAAUCUUCUCAGCUCUUUAUUGAUGUGGAUAGUUACAUCCCUAGGAAUUCGGGUUCCAAGGAAAAUGGUUCUGAGGUUUUAGUUAAGACGGAGAAGAAAGAUGAGACAGACCAUCAUCACCAUAGCUCUGCUCCUCCUCCCAACAGAUUGACUGGAAAGAAAAGCCAUUGGCGUGACGAAGAUGAAGAUUUCGUCGAAGAAAGGAGUAACAAGCAAUCAGCUGUUUAUGUUGAGGAAAGUGAGCUUUCUGAAAUGUUUGAUAAGAUCUUGGUAUGUGGCCCUGGGAAACCCGUUUGCAUUCUUAACCAGAAUUUUCCAACAGAACCCGCCAAAGUCGAGACCGCACAGUCAAAUGGAGCAAAGAUCCGUGGGAAGAAAUCAACUACUACUAGUCAUAGUAACGAUUCUAAGAAAGAAACUGCUGAUUUGAGGACUCUUUUGGUGUUAUGUGCACAAGCUGUAUCAGUGGAUGAUCGUAGAACCGCCAACGAAAUGCUACGGCAGAUACGGGAGCAUUCUUCGCCUCUAGGUAAUGGGUCAGAGCGAUUGGCUCAUUAUUUUGCAAAUAGUCUUGAAGCACGCUUAGCUGGGACUGGUACACAGAUCUACACCGCUUUAUCUUCGAAGAAAACAUCUGCAGCAGACAUGUUGAAGGCUUACCAGACAUACAUGUCGGUCUGUCCGUUCAAGAAAGCUGCUAUCAUAUUUGCUAACCACAGCAUGAUGCGUUUCACUGCAAACGCCAACACGAUCCACAUAAUAGAUUUCGGGAUAUCUUACGGUUUUCAGUGGCCUGCUCUGAUUCAUCGCCUCUCGCUCAGACCUGGUGGUUCGCCUAAGCUUCGGAUUACCGGUAUAGAGCUUCCUCAGCGUGGUUUUAGACCAGCAGAAGGAGUUCAGGAGACGGGUCAUCGCUUGGCUCGAUACUGUCAGCGACACAAUGUUCCGUUUGAGUACAACGCAAUUGCUCAGAAAUGGGAAACGAUCAAAGUCGAAGAUUUAAAGCUUCGACAAGGAGAGUAUGUGGUUGUAAACUCUUUGUUCCGUUUCAGGAACCUUCUAGACGAGACCGUUCUGGUAAACAGCCCGAGAGAUGCGGUUUUGAAUCUGAUAAGAAAAGUAAACCCGGAUGUCUUCAUACCAGCGAUCCUAAGCGGGAAUUACAACGCGCCAUUCUUUGUCACGAGGUUCAGAGAAGCGUUGUUUCAUUACUCGGCUGUGUUUGAUAUGUGUGACUCGAAGCUAGCGAGGGAAGACGAAAUGAGGCUGAUGUAUGAGAAAGAGUUUUAUGGGAGAGAGAUUGUGAAUGUUGUGGCUUGUGAAGGAACGGAGAGAGUGGAGAGACCAGAGACGUAUAAGCAGUGGCAAGCGAGACUGAUCCGAGCCGGAUUUAGACAGCUUCCACUUGAGAAGGAACUGAUGCAGAAUCUGAAGUUGAAAAUCGAAAACGGGUACGAUAAAAACUUUGAUGUUGAUCAAAACAGUAACUGGUUGCUUCAAGGUUGGAAAGGUAGAAUCGUGUAUGCUUCAUCUGUUUGGGUUCCUUCGUCUUCAUAGAUGUUGUUUCUUGCGUCCUAAGCUACUGGGUUUUGUGUAGGGCUUUUCUGUUUAUAGUCUCUGGCCAACACGGGUGGAUUAAGUUCAGAGUUAGGGUUCUUGAACACUAGAGUGUUGUUAUAUUAUGCUUUGUGACAUAGCGUGUGUAAGAGUAUAGCCUAAGAGAGAUAGUACUCACUGCAUGAUCUUUUGCUAUAUGUUCAUGUAAUCUUUUGUUGCAUAAAUAAUGAAAAGUUACAUUUUUUUCAAUGUCUUGUUUAUAAAGUUCUAUUGCUGAU